AUGGUGGGUGAUGGCUCCUGCCUUAUCUCUGAUCUGGACUGGUGAGGCCAGCAGAGAUCAUUUUCAGAGAGAUAUGACCCCAGCUUGAAGACCAUGAUCCCAGUGAGACUCUAUGCAAGGCUGGCACCCAACCCUGUGGAUGACGCAUGGCUGCUCUCCUUUGCCACAUUCUCUUGACUCACGCCAGUGAUGGUGAAAGGCUACAAGCACACGCUGACCGUGGACACCCUGCCCCUACUGUCACCGUAUGAAUCAUUCGACACCAAUGCCAGAAGAUUUCGAAUCCUUUGGGAUGAAGAGAUAGAAAGAAUGGGUCCCGAGAAAGCCUCUCUGGGCCGAGUGAUCUGGAAAUUCCAGAGGACGCAUGUUUUGAUGGAUAUCGUGGCCAAUAUCCUGUGCAUUAUCACGGCAGCCAUAGGGUCGAUGGUUCUCAUUCACCAAAUCCUCCAGCAGACGGAGAGCAUCUCCAGGAAGGUCUCGGUUGGCGUCAGCCUGUGCACAGCCCUUUUCACCACCGAGUUUACCAAAGUUCUCUUUUGGGCCCUUGCCUGGGCCAUAAAUUACUGCAUGGCGAUCCAGUUGAAGGUGGCCAUCUCCACCCUGGUUUUCGAAAACCUGGUGUCAUUCAAGACGCUGACACACAUCUCUGUUGAUGAGGUGCUCAAUAUACUAUCAAGUGAUAGUUAUUCUUUGUUUGAAGCUGCCUUGUUUUGUCCCUUGCCAGCCACCAUCCUUAUCCUAAUGGCUGUCUGUGUAGUGUACGCCUUUUUCACUCUGGGGCCCACAGCCCUCAUCGGGAUAUCCGUGUAUGUGCUAUUCAUCCUCAUCCAGAUGUUUAUGGCUAAGCUCAGUUCAGCUUUUCGAUGAUCAGCAAUUUCAGUGACAGAUAAGCAAGUUCAGACAAUGAAUGAGUUUCUGACCUGCAUCAAGCUGAUUAAAAUGUACCCCUGGGAGAAAUCUUUUACGAACGCCAUCCGAGAUAUAAGGAAGAGGGAAAGGAGAUUACUGGAAAAAGCUGGAGUUGUCCAACGUGGAAACUCAGCACUGGCUCCCAUUGCAUCCACCAUAGCCAUUGUACUGACAUUCACCUGCCACAUCCUCCUGAGAUGAAAGCUCACUGCCCCAGUGGCAUUUAGUGUGAUUGCCAUGUUUAAUGUAAUGAAGUUUUCAAUGGCAAUCUUACCUUUCUCCAUCAAAGCAGUAGCUGAAGCCAAUGUCUCUCUAAGGAGAAUGAAGAAAAUUCUCAUAGCUAAAAGCCCCCCAUCUUACAUCACCCAUCCAGAAGACCCAGAUACAGUCUUGCUUUUAGCAAAUGCCACCUUGACAUGGGAGCAAGAAACCAGGGGGAAAAGUGACCUAAAGAAAUUGCAGAACCAGAAAAAGCAUUUUCUUAAGAAACAGAGGCUAGAGGCAUACAGUUUGGGUCCAUCAGGUUGGGGAGUCACCAGGGCCAAGGAGCAACGUGGCAGCCCCAAAUCAGUUCUGCACAAUAUAAGCUUUGUGGUGAGAAAGGGGAAGGUCUUGGGCAUCUGUGGGAAUGUUGGAAGUGGAAAGCGCUCCCUGCUCGCAGCUCUCCUAGGACAGGUAAGCUUUACAACAAGGGUCAUGGCCAUCAAUGGGACUGUGGCCUACAUUUCCCAGCAAGCAUGGAUCUUUCAGGGAGAUGUGAGAGAAAACAUAUUAUUUGGAGAAAAGUAUGAUCACCAAAGGUAA